CCACUCUUGUAAGCUUUUUGAAACCGUUGAAACAAGAAGAGAGUGAGACUAAAGAGAGUGUGAAGCGUAAUAAUUGCAAAAUGUUUGACUAAUCUCAUUUUAACACUUUCAGUUUUACAGACAAUAAAGCCCCUAAUCCAGUAGUAACAUAGAAGACGGUUUUGCCAGUGCUUAGCAGAACAUUCUUCUCCAAAAUUCCCAAUCCCACCCCAUAAAAAAAGAUAGAAUCUUUUUUAUUUAGAGUCCAUAAAAUAAUUAACAUCACUCUCUUAUUUCUACCUAGCAUAUACCAGAUCCCCAUUGUGUGUCACAGGAAUGCUGGUUUGCUUGGUACAUGGGUGAUUGACUUUUAAAGUCCACUACUGAGGCUGUCACCAAUGGAGUUCUUGUUCGCUGUUCUGGCCUUUACUUGUUUGCUCUCUUGUGGUAUGGCUGAUUUUCAAGGAGAGGCACUUUAUGCAUUGAAACAAUCAUUGCAUGCUACAGCCAAUCAGUUGCCAGAUUGGAACCCAAAUAUGGUCAAUCCCUGCACUUGGUCAAAUGUUAUGUGUGAUACCAGUAACAAUGUUAAAUCUUUGACAUUGUCUUCCAUGGGAUUUUCUGGUUCUUUGUCUCCUAAAAUCGGCACUUUGAAGACUCUUAUUACUCUAUCACUGCAAGGAAAUGGUAUUACUGGCAAGAUUCCCGAAGAGAUUGGAAAUCUGUCAAGUCUUACUAGCCUGGAUUUAGAGAAUAACCGUUUGACUGAUGAAAUACCAUCCUCCCUCGGUAAUCUUAAAAAUCUUAAAUAUUUGAUUUUGAGCCAUAACAACCUCUCUGGGAGAAUCCCUGACUCGCUGGCUUCCCUCGAUAACUUAAUUAGCCUCCAGCUCUCUUCAAAUCAACUAAGCGGCCAAGUUCCUAAGCAGCUCUUUAUGAUUCCACAAUACAAUUUCUCAGGGAAUAAAUUGAUCUGUGGUGGAGAUCUUCGUCAUCCUUGUGCAUCAGAUGGUAACGGCGCAGGCUCUUCGAACAAAACAAAGAUCGGAGUUAUAGUUGGUGUAGUUGGAGGGCUUGUUGGUAUUCUAUUGCUUGGAGGCGUGCUGUUUUUCAUGUGCAAGAGUAGAUUAAUAGGUUACAAACGUGAAGUCUAUGUCGAUGUCGCAGGUGAAGUUGAUCGUACAAUUGCAUUUGGGCAGCUUAAACGAUUUGCUUAUAGGGAGUUGCAGAUAGCGACAGACAACUUUAAUGAGAAAAAUGUUCUUGGUCAAGGUGGUUUUGGCAAGGUUUACAAAGGUGUGCUAGGAGACAAUACAAAGGUUGCAGUAAAACGGUUAACUGACUAUGAGAGCCCGGGAGGAGAUGCAGCUUUUCAGCGUGAGGUUGAGAUGAUUAGUGUUGCUGUACAUAAAAAUUUACUGCGCUUGAUAGGGUUUUGCACUACACCAACAGAGAGACUUUUGGUGUAUCCGUAUAUGCAAAACCUGAGUGUGGCUUAUCGUUUGCGGGAAUUAAAACCUGGGGAAUCUAUCGUAGAUUGGCCUACAAGAAAACAAAUAGCCUUGGGUACUGCACGUGGACUAGAGUAUCUUCAUGAACAUUGCAACCCUAAGAUCAUUCAUCGUGAUGUGAAGGCUGCUAAUGUGUUGUUAGACGAAGACUUUGAAGCAGUGGUUGGUGAUUUUGGCUUAGCAAAAUUGGUAGAUGUGAGGAAAACUAAUGUGACAACACAGGUGCGUGGGACAAUGGGGCACAUAGCACCCGAGUACUUAUCCACGGGGAAGUCAUCAGAAAGAACAGAUGUCUUUGGUUAUGGGAUUAUGCUGCUAGAGCUUGUGACAGGCCAACGAGCUAUUGACUUUUCACGCUUGGAAGAAGAAGAUGAUGUCUUGUUGCUUGAUCAUGUCAAGAAGCUGGAAAGAGAAAAGAGAUUAGACGCUAUUGUCGAUAAGAACUUGAAUAAGAAUUAUGACAUUCAAGGGGUGGAGAUGAUGAUUCAGGUUGCAUUAUUAUGUACUCAAUCUUCACCAGAAGAACGCCCGGCAAUGUCAGAGGUGGUGCGAAUGCUAGAAGGAGAGGGGCUUGCUGCUCGAUGGGAGGAAUGGCAGAAUGUGGAGGUCACUCGGAGGCAAGAAUAUGAAAGAUUGCAGAGCAGAUUUGGUGGCUGGGGUGACGAUUCCAUUCACAAUCAGGAUGCUAUUGAAUUGUCAGGUGGUAGAUGAGGCGAAGCAUGAGGUAGCCCUGUGACUCUAUUAUACAUUCAUCACAAACCAUGUGCUUGUUAUCUUGUCUCCCACCCUCCCCUUAUUUGCGUAGUGAAAUUUGUUCCUUGUCUUGUUGAAAGAAACCUUGUGCAGUUUUUCAAAUUGUUGUAUUAAGUGUCCUGUUCUUCCUCUGCUGUAUGUAUAUAGCACCUCCCAUUCCCUAGUAUAAUGCCGUAUAUGUAUUUGAAAUCUCAAGAAUUUCUUUGAGUGGUGAAUGCUAUUGAAUUUUUAUACAACUGUAAGACGAGCUCUACAAUGUGAGCGAUUUUCUCUGAA